GUUGGAGAUCUCGCACGAAGCCUACCACGAAUGCAUGCAAGUGAGGCAAGACGUGCUAGCACCAUCUCUAUGUGAGACCCUCGAGAUGAUGAGAUACGGAGGUUGAGAGAAGAGCUAGACGACAUUAGAGCUUCCCAAGUGCGUGAACUAUUGUCGAUUAUAGAAGAGAUGACCUGAUGAGAUACGGGGUUUGCACGCGCUUGUUGAAUAUUUUAUUAGAAUUGAAGAACAUUAUAUUAAACUUAAGUUUGAUGGUUAUUAAAAAGUAUUUUAAUUCAAAAAGUCAAAAACCAACCUGUUUCACCGAGCUUUAUUCGGCUCUCCUUCCAAUCAUCCCUCACCCCCCUUGUAUCAGAUCCUCAAACCCUAGUCUUCAUCAUCAAAGAAAUGGUUGCAGAAGCGCCUCUAGACAUGUCUCUGGACGAUCUCAUCAAGAUGAACAGGAAGCCGGUGGCAGGAAAUCACCGGGGAAGAACCCGCGGAUCUGGCCUCGGACCGGUUCGCCGGAUUUCCAACCGCUCCAUUAACAGACCUGCGCCCUACGGCACCUCCAAGCUUCUCGAGGCACCGGAUUCGGCUUGGACUCAUGACAUGUUCGAUGCGGCCCAGCAGAUGGCGUUUCCCGGUCAAUUCAGUGCUGUUGGCCGACCUGCUUCCAUCGAGACUGGCACUAAGCUCUACAUCUCUAACCUUGACUAUGGCGUCUCUAAUGAAGAUAUCAAGGAACUCUUCAAUGAGGUUGGUGACCUUAAAAGAUAUUCAAUUCAUUACGAUAAGAGUGGAAGAUCAAAGGGAACAGCAGAAGUUGUCUUCGCGCGCCGACAAGAUGCUUUAUCAGCUUUGAAAAGGUACAACAAUGUUCAACUUGAUGGCAAACCAAUGAAGAUAGAGAUGGUAGGAGUAAGCAUUGUGGCCCCUUCUGUUCAACCUGUAUUUGGUGGUGCAUUUGGAGAUUUCAAUGGAGUUCCAAGAAGUGGCCAAGGACGGGGUGGCGGUUUUGGGAGGCCACGAGGCAGCCGGGGAAGAGGUCAAAGGGGGUUCCGAGGAGGAGGUCGAGGCCAAGGCAGAGGGCGCGGAGGAGAGAAGAUAUCCGCACAAGACCUUGACGCGGAAUUGGACAAGUACCAUUUGGAAUCAAUGCAAGAAGUUUGAUUGAUUAGUUCCUCUCAUCAUAUUGUUGUUUCCCUAGACUUUCUUGUGUAUCUGCUCUGCCAAUUUGUGCUUUAUGAUUUGCACAGCUCUCUUGCUUUGUUCUGUAGCCUUGUAGAAUUGCAUUUAACUUGUGCUUGUCACAUGGUAUUUUUUUUUUUAAUUUCUAACUCUUGUGUAAUUUCCUAAUAUCUUACUCCAUAACAAUUAAUGUCCUUUCCCCUCCUUCCUAUAGUCAUAUAGGGAGUACCUUGUGUUAAAAUAUACCCCCCUGCAGUUUUUGAGAAGUUUUGAAAAAUAAAAAAAUGAAUGUUUGUAAUUUAU